AUGCUCUUCUUCGCUGAUGAGGAGAGCAAGAAAAAGAAGAAGAAAAAAAGCGGCGAAGGUGAAGACUCUGGCGCCAAUAUCGAAGAAGGCGAAGCUAGUGGACAAGACUCUGCUGGGAAGGAGAAAAAGAGUAAAAAGAAGAAGAGUCGUGAACGGGAUUCGGAAGCAGGAGCUGCUGACGGAGACGGCGACGAUGAGCAAGCAGACGAAGAUCGACGACGUGAGAGUAAGAAGAAAGACAAGAAGAAGGAGAAAAAGGAGGAGAAAAAACGCAGUGCUGGAGGAGAUGACGAUGAAACUCAAACUACAGGAACAAAGUCCGAUACAGAAAUGAAAUCAAACGCCGGCUCCGACAUAGGAGAAAAGGAGCGCAAAAGCAAAAAAGAGAAGAAGAAACGCGAUAAAAGCACCGAGAAGGACGAAGGAGAACCAGAAUUACCUUCGGAAAGCGAGCCCGUUAAGGAGAGAGAGAAGAAGCCUUCUGGCACUGACAAGAAAGACAAGAAAAAGGAUAAGAAGAAGGACAAGAAAAACCGAGAUGGGGAUGACGCUGAUGUCUCCGAAGCUGAUCGUUCAUCAGAGCGGAAGAGUAAGAAGAGUAGAAGGGCUGAUACAACUGCAGAGAGCAUUAAUUCCAUCAUUGAAGACGCAGCACUACGUGACGAUGACGACGCACAAGGAGUAGAUUCAGGCGUGCCUGAAGAAAAAAAGAACGGCGUAGGAGGUAGCUCUGAAGCAGGAAACGCUGACGAUAAAACCCUUUCUGGUGCUGUCGAUGAGAUGAUUGGCGCGUCCGGGAGAGGUAAUCAAAAGGUAACGUCCGAUAGUGUCAACGCCAUGCAAGGAGCAGCGAUGAAAGGAGACAACGUGGAGACCGCUACACUUGGUGCUAAUGACAGUGCAUCAGGAGGUCUUUCGGGGUCAACUACAUUGCAGUUACUAAAUGUUAAGAUUCGUGAUUUUGAUUGAACUUGUUGAUUCAUCAGGUAGUAGGAACAGUACUCCUAGCUUUUUGUAUGUGAAGCUGAAGUAAUGUAGAACAAUUUUGCUCCACCACCACCUCUAAUAAGCGUCCCCAUGUACCGACGCAAGGCAGUUCAUCACAUCACAUUGGAAUUCCUGGGUCGCCAAGAGGCUCAGCCUCACCCAGAGGCUCAAGCUCACCAACGUCUCCCAGUGGCGCAGGCAAAGCCCGACCCUCUUCGAAACCGCCAGGAUAUGGACGCUCCACUGCAGUUUCAAGAGACAAACCGUUUACGCCAUUCGUGAUUCCCGAGUAUGGAGCUGGAUCGGAGGCUAUAUCUCCCAGCACAAAAAACCUAGCAUUGCCACCUGGUGGGGCAUCUGGCACUCCAUCGCCUGCACAACCGAUGCGCCCCUCCGAUCACCGUGUCGUAGUGGCUUCUGACGAGGAACAUGAUGCUGGCAACGACGUCUUGUUUCCCGAUGACCACCAUCUCGGAUCUGGUUCGGCUCCUCAGAUGGUUCCUAUCAACAACGUCGAAGAUGAGGGUGGCCUGUUUGGUUUCUCACCAUCAGGAGCAGCAGGGACAGCAGGAGUGGAUUCUCAGUCUCAGAUCAAUAACAGGCAACAUGAUCAAGAGGACCAACACCAAGAGCAACAGGAUGAAGAUCAUCUUCAUAGUCGUGGAGAUCCGUCUGCACCGGAAGAGCGCGUGCUGUAUCUCCGCGAUAUGCCCGUAUCGCAUCAAGAACGUGUGGUGGACUUUUUGGAGGCUCACGACAUCACUUUGAUUUUAUGCUCCCCAAUUCCGCGUAGCACAAGCAGAUGAUUUUUGUUAAUAAAGUCCAUUCCAUUCCGUCAAACAUUCAUAAGCUACUUAAUAGUAACAGAUGAUUGUUAAAGUCCAUCAAGAAAGAUCAAACAUUCAUAAGCUACUUAAUAGUAGUAACAGUGAAAUUAAUAUUAAGAAUUCUUAGUAAUCAAGAAAUUGACUCACCUAGUAAUCGAAGCAUGAUUCAAUUUCAAUUCUUGAGAUUUCGACUCGGUGUUUUCGGAGAACUGGAAGACUAGAACUAGAUCUAGUACCAACCUUUUCUAAUCCUUCCGGACGCUUCCGGUGAACUCUACGUUGCGGAUGUGGUGACCGCAGAUGAGGAUAAUAAAAUGGCUGUGCGAAUCCUGUUGUCAGCAGAGGAGGUCCGCCACCUCUCUGAAGUACGUCAAAAACAUCUGAGAGCUCGAUUGGACUUGAGCCCGACAAGGAUUAAAUACAAAGCGCCCUUGACGACCGCGGAAAAGGAUACGGAGGCUGUUGAGAAAUCUGGUAAGAGUAAGAGAACAACUGUAGCUGAAUUGUUAUGGUUUCUUGGAUUCUAGAAGCUUCCUGGUAGUCUUCAUCAAUUACUUAGUCCACCUUCGGCUCAACAGAUGCUCGACCCGUUACAUAAGUACACUGAAGAUACUUACCCCAUUCACAAACGGACCGAAUCUCAGAUCUCGGCGACGAAGAAUUGGCCAUCGCCUACGCCGUGUCUCGGUACAAAGGUUUCGCAGAGCUCCUUUUCCCGUUGGAGUCGCUUGGUUAUCGCGGCUACAGCAGACGCGACUUGAUGGAUUUGACCGAUUUGGUCAAGCUUAUGGACGAAAUUUACCGAUCUCGUUACACUGUCGAGGCCAAGGGACAGAUGGGCUCCCCAACAGAGGCGGCCCACAUGACAAUGAGUUUUCCAGAAUUCGUCCUCCACUACUUGCUCACGUCGUCGGAGAAGAUGGUAAUGCGCUAUUUCCUUGAUGAUGAUGUGUAGACACUUUUCUUUAUCCUAGUUUAUAGAUGAGCACGUUUAAUACUAGAUGUGUAGACACUUUUGUUUAUCCUAACAUUUAAUACUAGUAGCUAGUUCUAGAAAUAGUACCAGAGGCAGUAGACCCGUAGCUGCAUCAUCGCGUCUUCGCUCUUCUAUUGUGGCUCAAGACAUGCCUCUGGCCAGGCACAUCAAUCAAUCAAUCAAAUCCAAAUUCAACAGCUGAAGGAGCACAAUAUGUCUGGAGGCGGUUUUGGCCUCCAGUAUGGCGGCGCGACCCAUAUGGUGGCGGCUGGAGGGUCUCAUUUCAACAUCGGCUUCGGCGCACCCAACAUCACUGAUGCUGCUAUGAACGAACAUCGUAUGAAGGAAGGAGCACAAGAAAUCAUCACGCACGAACAACAUAACACGAGUCGGCAUCAAAUUCAUCAGAGUCGGACAUCUACUUCCGGAUAUAUGUACUAUCCUAACGAACGAGUAGGAGUACUAGAUUCACUUGCUGGAACAAAGACGGAUGGAAGCUCGUCUUCCGAUGACGAAGAGAUGAAAAUUCGAAAACAACUAUUCGUUGAUGCAUCUUCCGCUCCUGCAUCUUCUUCGAACAAGAUGAAGAUGAUGUAUUACGGUGAGCAGAACAUCAACAACACUCUGGACUGGGAUCCUAGAGGAACUGAAAGGCAGAGUCGUUCUUCAGAGGGCCUCCAAUCAGCUGGCGAACAAAUACCCGCAGGGGCUUUGAGGUCGGUACCUGGUGGGGACAACGUUCAACCCAUUGCUAUUUCGCACGAACAGGCUUUGGCGAAUCGUCGUGCUUGGAGCUUGCUUUUCUCACUGGCCUAUUUUGAAGGUGAACAUGUGUAUGUGAAAUUCUUCGGUCUUUUUCUGCGCAAUGUGUACAAUAAAGAGGAGAUGCUCUUUUACCUGUGGACUCGACGCUGUAUCCAGAAUGAACUAAGACACGUUGGCAAAGUUUGGCGCGAGUUUGGUGAAAACAAUGAGCCGCCACUCUAUAUGGGAAGGUUUGUUUCCGGAGUCCCAGUCGCUUGUCGUGAGGACAUUGUUAGGCAUCAAUUAACUGGCACCCAGUGCGAAGCCAUUGCCGCAAAGGUAUUCGCUAUGCAUCCGGUGCUGAAGCAUGGCUUCAUGGCCAAAGUUCGUGCGGAAUUUGCGCACAUGACGGUGAUCAUGAAAGAAUUGCCUGAUUCGGUGUUGAAGGAGACGAAACAGGUGAAACGCUUUCCCGUGGACUUCUUCGAAGCUUUGGUUAUGCAGCAUUACUUCAUGGAGAAACACGUUGCGGCGCGUCAAGACGAAACUGCAAGGCUGUUGGCGCAAGUCUAUGGCAUGUUGAUCGAUGCAGAAGAAACCGACGAGACGGACUCCAAGCUGAGAAUUCUCGCGACUAGACGGAAAAGAACCGAAAUCGAACAGGAGAAGCGCCUGAGAAAAGAACGAAGAGAAGAAGCGGCUCGCGCAGCCGCUGCAAAGCCUGGUGGCGAAGGAGCUGGGAGUCCCGGAUACGGCCGUUACGCAACGAAGGGUGGUUGGGGCUAUGCUGGGACAGCAGAAAAAGGUGCCGCAACUGCCAAAAAGGGUGCUGGAGCCGCCAAGAAAAAAGCUGGAGCGAAGAAGAAGGGCAAAUCCGCUUCAGGCGCCGACACGGAUCAUGAUUCUGGAGCAGAAAAGAGCGAACACUCGAUGUCCAGUGCUGGGGGAAAGAAAAAGAAACCGGCUGCUAGCAAAAAGGCUGCUGCGAAGAAAAAAGGCGGCGCAAAAGCAGCUGCAGCCGAAGGUGAGCAGUUUCCUCCAUCGAGUGUCCAUUCCGAACAAGGUGGAGACGAUGAUGAAGAAGAAGCGCAUGUUGACACCGAAGGACUGAUGCUUGUGGGCCUGACGAGUCCACGUAUGAAAGAAAUGCUAAAGAAUCAAGCGAUAUUGAAUGAUCCGGUUCAACUGCGUUCUGUUUUGGUCGAAUCCGCUGUGGAGCACGUCCUUGAAGAGGACCCGACUUUGAAAGAAACCGUCCUGAGCGCGUUGAAAGACCUGGGUGCGGAUGUGAUCAAGAGCAAGGGGAAAGUGACAGGUCUGUUGAAAGAUACUGUUUCUUCGCGUGACAACUUGCUGCGACAGGUUGGCGGAGCUAAAUUACUCGUCUUCAUGGCCAAAGCGGAAAGGAAGAAGGUGCCUAACCCUUUAGACGCUGCAUUGGCUGAAUUUGAGGCCAUUGAAAACCACAGUCUUUUGGAUUACGCACCGUUGCGUGCUGUCGAUCGGGAUCUUCGAGAAGCUCAAGCCCGCGUACAGCAUCUACACGACUUGUUAGUCGCUAUGGACGACCUUUACAAAGUGGACCAUAAAGAACUGUUGCGCCGAGUCGAUCUUGCGCAGAGUGGCGGUGGAGGUCCGAGACUUGGGUCUCCAGGUGCCUCCAUGAAGGGCAGUUCUCUGGUCGUCAGCGUGUCCGUAGGCGGUCGAACUAAGGCUCUGGCAGCAG